GGACCAUGUCUAUGAAUUCCAUAAGGAGAAGCCAACUUAUCAAAAUGAUCCGUGCAAAACAAUUGUACAACUACGCAGACUGGAAUCGAACCAUAAACGUCGAGAUCACUGAGCUCUUGUUUAACCUACACGGUUAUCAACGCUUGAAGGUAUGGUGUUGCUAAAUAUGUAUAUAAAAAUCAAUCUGUCAGUUGACACUGCGUCAUUGGGCAAUCUUUCUCGUUGUCAUGGUCACUAAAUUGGCGAACUCAGUCUUGCUUUGAUGAAAACGGGCGGAGCCAACUGACAUUGAAAGCGUCGCUUUAAGAAAACCAGUAUUGGGCGAUUUUACUGGGGGAAACAUGGGGGAAAAACUGGCGUCAGAAAUCGAACUGAAUUUGUUCCUGACAUUUAUGUCUUAGUAUUAAGUCUAUGGUGCUACACCGCUUCGUGCUACACCUUUCACUGGAAAAACGAACAUUUUCGGUGCAGUUGCGUUGGUGUGCGUAAAUAAAGACCAAAAUAUUGACAGCUUUGCAAACGCUGAUUGGUGGACACGGUGCGCACCUGCUACACUCUCGAAUUUUUGAGUGCUGCACUAUCUUCAGCGGUGCAGAAAAAGUGCUACACCGGUGUAGCACGAAAAUCAUAAACGAACAUUUUCGGUGCAAAAGUGCUGCACCGGUGUAGCACCACCGCAAAAACGAAAACGACAUAAGCCUCACCCGAUUGAUAAAAUGACAAGAUUUUAUUAUUUAUUGUUAUUCCCUUGGUUAUUCCUUACAGGUUAAACAGCGUUGACAUGCCAUUCAGUUUUCAGUUAAUAACUUUUUCUACAUGGCUUAGAUAGCUUUGCGGUCUUAGGAGGUUGGUUCCUCGUAAAAUUUCUAACAGAAAUCAUUCAUCGAUUUAUUUUUAGGGAUUAAGGGGCAACCUGUGGCGAUUUCUCUUUGAAAAAGUGAUUUCCCCAUAGUAAAUCGUAUGAAAAUUUAGAAUGGCUGGCGUUAAAAUAUAGUUUCUCCGAUCGAGCUGAAUUUUUGCAUAGUUGAUGUUGUGCCAAAAUGAAACUCAAAAAGUGUAUAUGAGUAAAAUGUCUUCUUGUGCCCCACGAUAAUGGUUAAUUUCUGGUAGUGAUCUAUCGAUCAACUUCAGCACAAACCGCUAAUAGGAGAACUUAUGUAUUUUCGGCUGUUUCGUUCUCCUCGUCAUAUGUUUUUUUGAAGGCUUUUGAACUCAAAAUUGGCCUCAAGGAGAGUUAAAAAAAUCAUUUUUAAUUAGUACAAUCAACGUCUAGAUCAGCGUCAAUUUUGAAAAUUCCAAACUGAGGGAUCAAAAUAAAAUUCAUUUUGGUGAAUGAAUUUUCUCACUUAUUCAUUCAUUCAUUUCUCUGUCACUGAAAUUUUUCACUGAGAAACAAAAUUAAACCGUAACUCCUGAGUUUACUUCCAAUCAUCACAAAACUUGAGUAUAGUAAUUAAUUGGAAUACUCCUCCUCCUCUUCUUCUUGGCGUAACGUCCUCAAAGCCUGCUUCUCAGCUUAGUGUUCUAUGAGCACUUCCACAGUUAUUAACUGAGAGCUUCCUCUGCCAAUGACCAUUUUGCAUGUGUAUAUCGUGUGGCAGGCACGAAGAUACUCUAUGCCCAAGGAAGUCAAGGAAAUUUCCUUUACGAAAAGAUCCUGGACCGACCGGGAAUCGAACCCGUCACCCUCAGCAUCGUCAUGCUGAAUACCCGUGCGUUUACCGCCUCGGCUAUAGGGGCCCUAUGGAAUACUAACUAUCUUAUUUGUUCAUUAAGUCGAAUUUUGCGUCCGUUAACAGAAAUGGGACAUUUUACGAUGUGCAAGAAAAUACUCAUGACAGUGAAUUGAAUGAAAAAAGAGAGGCAUUCAGUUGACAAUGAAUUUGACAAAACACGAAUGAAAAAAAAAACGAGAAUGUCAAUCUUCAUUUUGGAUCUUAAAAGCUGAACCACGGACAAACAGACGUAUCACUUGGAACAAAUUGCGAUAAAAAUCAUCAUCACGAAAACAUAAUCGCCCAAUGCUAACCAGGCUGUGUUACGCAAAUCACUCAGUAAGUGGCAGUAGUGAGCAAACGUCAAACAGGAGCAAAAACGAUGCGAGCGCCGUGACCGAUUUGCGAACUACAAAACAUUUGAAUUAACCGUUAAAAAGGGUAACGAUGAGAAGUGAGUAGAGUGACACGUCUGUUUGUCUGCGGCUGAACUAUACGACCAAGUUUCAAGCAAUUUGACCAACAAAAACCCCUAAUCACGAAGAGAACAAACCUGCCGAUAAUACCCUUCAUCACCCUAUAUGAAUUUUGGAUUUACAGAUUUUUUGCUCUUGAGGAACUUAUUCGUUGCACGAACAUUUGUACGCGCAAGCGCCCAUACAUCUCCGCCUGUAAGAAAAAUCAUUUUGGUGUUUUCGGCGCAGUAUUCCUUGGCCAAUUCGCGCAGUUAUUGUAGAAGACACCACAACGAUUAAACAUACCAGUGGAGGUCUAUUAGCGAUUUUGCACCUUUUUCGCUCUCUAUUUUCUUGCAACAGGUAAUAUGUAAGUUCGCUCAGAAACAAUGUCUUUUUAAAGAUCGAGGUUUUAAUCAUUUUUUAAUGAAGACCAGCAACACUGCUGACAGUAAACAAAACAGUAACUGUUUCGCUAGUGACAAAACAACAACAUUGCAUUUCGGGAGUGCUCGGAAAAUCGCUCGGACUAAUGACCGCCGUACUAUCAUCACCGUCAUCAUCAUUAUCAUCGAUUCCGCUUCUCCAGCUGACUCCAGCCGAACGCAGAAUGAGAGGGAAAUUUUUCAAACUGUCACUGUGGCUUUGGUGGUGUGCGUGAGAUCGCACGUUGCCGUUCUGUGCUGAUGUGAAGGCUACGUGCAGUUUGUUUGGGCGUCCUCCGGUUCAUUUAUUUUGAUUCAAUUUGUAUACCUAUCUAUUGUCCGCGAUUCCCUUACCGGCAAUGUUCGUUUUUUUUACAAGUCGUUUGUUAGGAAAUAAAAGUGCCAAAAAAGUACCUAGUGUGUGAUUAAGUUCAAAGUGUAGCAUUAUAAUGUCUAGAGCAGAUAGUUACCUCGCGCUGUGUCUGUUGGAUGCCCUUGAUGAUCAAAAUUUGGAGUCGUUGCGAGUUCUGCUGGAGAAGCACAAGGCCAACCCCAAUGCUAUUGUGCUGGAGAAGAAUGUGGCACCGGUACAUUUGGUGCAGGGAGCGGAAAGCGAACGGUUUGCCGAGCAAGCGACUAGCCUGAUGCUACGGUACGGAGCGGAUCCGAACUUGCGGUCCGACGAGGAAGGAAUGACACCGUUACAUGUGGCGGCCAAUUUGGGACGACCGCGGUUGGUCGAGAUGUUGCUCAAGGCGGGAGCCGAUAUGGAUGUGGAGGAUGGAGAGGGCAAAAUAGCAGUGGAAUAUGCGAUUGAGGAGGGACAUUUUGAGGUGGUGAAGGUGAUGCAAAAUUUUGUUUUCGAGAAAAAGUUUGAGACUAAGCGGAAGGAAUUGAUACAGAAGGAACAACAAAAUGGGAAUAGCAGCGGAGGGUUAGUGAAAUGUUUUGGCGGUUACCUGAGACUGGACACUCCAACCAAGAAGAGCGUAUUGAUGGAUGAAUCCAAAUUGACGCCAAACCGAGUACAUUACAAUUUCGACGCAACGUCACCUUAUUAUAUCAACAUUACCCACCGGAGGAAAACUAGUCCUAAAAGGACGAAGGAUGACUACAAUCGGGCUGUGCUGCAUUUGCAAGACACCCUUGAUGGAACAAAGCUAAGUGAUGACGAUGAUAUUGUUGUUGCUCGUAAGAAUUUAUUUGAGCUGACGGAGAAAAACUUGGCAAAUUUCAGUCAAAAUAUGUCGAGUUCAACGCGAAAAAGUCGAACAUCUUUUAUCGAAUGCUGGAGGGAUAAAAUAGCCGUCCUGCGUGAUCGCAACAAGUUAAGCACAAACAUCGAGGAUAUCGAAAAAAUUUUGUCUGGAUUCUCCGAUAGCACUAUUGAAGAUGACAUUGAUAGGCAAACAUAUACCAUACACGAUUGUAAUGAUCAAAUCGAACCCCCAGGUCAGUUGGUCUACAGUGAACUGGCCCUCGAUCAGGAACAAACAAACAUCACAUUCCAAACAGCUGUUGAGCAACCGGCCCACCAAGAAGACAGCCUACGAACAAACGAGUUUGCUCUAGCCCUUUGUCCAUCGCCACCGCCAGAGGAAUCAGUGCAAUCAGAAGUUAAGCCUUUAUUCGAGGCACAGAACCGACUGGUUCAAAUUACGAAAGAAUACGUCCACACGGACGAUGAAGCCGGUCUGGUAUUUUACGAGAAAAAAUUCAUUGCCGCCGAGUCCGUUGCGAAGCAGCAACCAUUAAACGGUCAUCGAAAUGCUUCCUUCUCCAGUCAAUCGACGGCGCUCACGUUGCCACCGCUGGAUUACGAUACGGAUGUGCUUCGUGCAGAAUUGACCAAUUUUGGCGAACCGCCAGGGCCCAUUACGAAGCACACGAAAAAGUUGUAUCUGAAGAAGCUGGUCAAAUACAAGCGGGAUCCGGAGCGGGCCCUGGCUCAGAUUAAGGGGAAAUUAAAUUUCUCCGUUGAGCUUCUGGCGACUAUCCGGAGUGAAGAUGUCUUCAGCAAAAUACCCCAACAGCAAGCACUCGAAACCGAAAUGUCCAGCGAGUUUAUCACAACCAACGACAAAACGUGGCGAGAAGGUCACCUAAAGAAAAGCUUCAUCUACCUGCUGAUCGAUCCGAGGGUAUCGGAAAAUUUACCGGCCCAGCAGACGUUGUUCCAGCAGCAUGACCUGUGGAAACGAUUCCUGCAGUCGAUCUUCUACGUCGGCAAGGGCAAAAGCAGUCGACCCUACUGUCACCUGUACGAUGCAAUGAAGUUGUACCAGCAAAAGUCCAGUUCCUCCAGUGCGUUGAAACCGCCUCCGAACGGAGAGCUGCUGGAACUGCAGGUAGAAGAAGAGCAAAUCAUCUUCCAAAGCGAGGAACGCAUCGAGCGGGUUUGUCGUGCCACCAAGAUCCUGAACCGGAAACAGAUGAACGACAGCGCCAAGUUGAACAGGAUCAUUGACAUCUGGCGCGCACAGCGAGGCGUGAUUUGUUUGCACGUGUUCCACAACAUAAUGCCGGCGGAAGCGUUCACCCGGGAGGCGGCCAUUAUCGAUGCUUUGGGCGUUCAAAAUUUGACCAAUCUGAAGCGGGGUGAUUACUAUGGGAAGGCUCUGUCUUGGCCCAUGAAACGUCGGAAACAGCUGGGGAUAUUGCUGCUGUACAAGGCGCUGUUGAUCUAUCUGGCCGAGGGCGAAACGCAACUGCUGCCGAGUGAUUUGAUUUGAAUAGCUAAAGAUUGCUUCUCAUCUGAAAAAAUCGGAAAGACUGAAACCUUGCCCUCGCUGUGAGAAACCCAGCCGGGUUGUACUGAACAAAUCGUCCAUCAAGUUGGCCAUUUCCACGGGAUCGUUGGACUCGUCCACCG